AUGGUUAGUCAAAUGAUUGAACCUAAAGUCUCCAAAAAAGGGUUUGCCCAUGUCAGAUUAGCAGAAGGAACCACUGGUUAUGCUGACCUCUAUUAUUCAACUAAAGAGUCUCAUGAGCUGGCAAGAGUCACUUGUUUCGUCACCAAAACAUUCUUCGCAAAGGAGAAGUAUGAAUCUGUCAAGGAAUACAAACAAAGAGUACUCAAAGAGUUUAAUAUUCUUCGGGGUUUAGACCAUGAGAAUAUCAUCAAGGCAUACAAAGUCAAAGAAGGUGGUUUAAUGUCACCUUCGAAAAUAGUCAUAUAUCUUGAAGCCGGUGCCUCAGUAAAUUUGCUUCGAUUGAUACAGAAACACCCCGCUUUAAUGUCUAAUGGUUGUGCCUAUUGUUACUGGAGACAGAUAGUUAAUGCAGUGGCAUAUCUUCAUAGCGAAAACAUAUGCCACCGAGAUCUAAAGCUUGAAAAUGUGGUUCUCGAUAGAAACCAUAUAGCGAAGUUGAUUGAUUUUGGACUGGCCUUUAACUGUUCACCAACUAAUGAGUUAGCUAUAGGAUCAGUGGGUUCCCCUGCUUAUAUGGCACCAGAACAACUUUCUUCAAUUCGAUAUGAUGGGAAAAAAGCAGACAUAUGGUCCCUUGGAUCAAUUCUCUACUACAUGCUAGUCCGGAAAUACCCUUGGAAGAUGGCAACCCAUUCAGAUGUCCAAUUCCAAGCUUAUGUCAGUCAUCAUAGGGAAGUCAAAUCAAAUGGUGCUGUAAACAACAGAGUCAAACUUGACUGUUCGUCUGUGCGACUUCUUCCCCUUGUACCUGUUGACUCCGAUAGGGAACUUUUGCGUAUUUUUGACCCGGAUCCGGUGACCCGGAUUUCUGCACAAGAACUUGCUGACUCCGAAUGGACAAUUAUGCUUUCGCUUCGUCAGUCAUUAAAAGCACAAGCCAGAAGAGCUGUGUUUGCCAGAAACUAUGCGUUAACUCCUGCUGCUAAGAGUUUGAUCUCCAAGCAUGUUGAAGAAGUUGACCCUGAAAUGGCCGACAUUUUAAAGCAAGAAAAGGACAGACAAAGAUACUCCAUCACUUUGAUUCCCUCUGAAAACUUCACUUCCAAGGCCGUCAUGGACUUGUUAGGAUCAGAAAUGCAAAACAAGUACUCUGAGGGUUACCCUGGAGAAAGAUACUAUGGUGGGAAUGAAAUCAUUGAUAAGGCUGAAAGUUUAUGUCAAAGAAGAGCCUUAGAAGCCUUUGGUUUAAGUCCUGAAGAAUGGGGGGUCAAUGUGCAACCUUUAUCUGGAGCACCAGCCAAUUUAUACGCUUAUUCUGCUAUUUUGGAUGUUGGUGAUAGAAUUAUGGGGUUGGACUUACCUCAUGGAGGACAUUUGUCUCAUGGAUACCAAACUCCAACCACUAAGAUCUCUUAUAUCUCCAAGUACUUUCAAACCAUGCCAUACAGAUUGAACGAAGAGACCGGGAUCAUUGACUAUGACACUUUGGAGAAGAAUGCUCUUUUAUUUAGACCCAAGGUUAUUGUUGCCGGUGCCUCAGCUUAUUCCAGAGUCGUUGACUACAAAAGAAUGAAGCAAAUCGCCGAUAAGGUUGGAGCUUAUUUGUUGUCUGAUAUGGCCCAUAUUUCCGGUUUAGUUGCCGCAGGAGUGACUGACUCUCCAUUUCCUUAUUCCGACAUUGUCACCACCACUACCCAUAAGUCAUUAAGAGGACCCAGAGGAGCUAUGAUUUUCUUCAGAAAGGGGAUCAGAAAGGUCACCAAGAAGGGUAAGGAAAUCCCCUAUGACUUGGAAAGAAAGAUAAACUUUUCUGUGUUCCCAGCCCAUCAAGGUGGUCCCCAUAAUCAUACUAUUUCUGCUCUUGCCGUUGCAUUGAAACAAACUAUGACUCCAGAAUAUAAGGAGUACCAACAAAAUGUCGUUGACAAUGCUCAACAAUUUGCUGAAGCUUUGACUGCGAGAGGAUUCAAGUUGGUUUCUGGUGGGACCGACACUCAUUUGAUUUUGAUAGACUUGAGAUCAAAGGGUAUUGAUGGAGCCAGAGUCGAAUCCUUAUUGGAAAAGGCACACAUUGCUGCCAAUAAGAACACCAUUCCUGGAGAUAUUUCUGCAUUAUUCCCCUCUGGAUUAAGAGUCGGUACUCCAGCCAUGACCACCAGAGGAUUUGGAUCUGAAGAAUUCACCAAAGUGGCCGAGUUUAUCGACAAGGCCGUUGAGUUAUCCCUUAAAUUGAAGGCUAAGGAAGAAGGUAAGGCUCCUAAGGAGUUGUUGGCUUCAUUCAAGAAGUUGGUUUCUGAGGAUGAAGAAGUCAAAGCUUUGUAUAAGGAAGUUUCCGAUUGGGCCGGUCUGUACCCUGUUCCGGGUGACUUGUGA